AUGGAUUUGAUUCAACGCGAAAUCAUUGAUGCAAUCGAACGAAGCCAAAAGAGGGAAGAAGAUUCCCAUGCCGCACAGCUCACAAAUAUCAAGCAAAAGCUCGAUCUGCUGCAGGAAGAGAUUAGUGGCCGAACCAAAGAACUCAAUGUCAUUCGCAGUCUUUAUCGUCAGGAGUUACGGCGUCGGUGGGAAGAAAUUCCGGUUGCAGAUCAAGCGUCAAACGAAUGGGUGUUUACAGAAACGACAUUUCGGGACUGGUUAGAAAGCGACACGGAAGGAGAUAAUUUCUAUUGUAUCAAAGGCAGGGCUGGCAGCGGCAAAUCUACGCUACUCAAAUUUAUCGCCAGCAAUGCCUGUACCAAGACGUAUUUAAAGGAAUGGUCCAAGCCUGCAAGACUUUGCAUAGCCGAGUUUUACUUUUGGAACCAAGGCUUUGAAUUGCAGAGGAGUCACGCUGGGCUCUUACAAUCACUGCUUUAUCAGAUCCUCAAGACAGCGCCCCAAUUGACUCACGAUGUUUGCCCCGAUCGUCUCGAUCAUGAGGAUUGGUCGAUGCAAGAGUUGAAAGCCACUUUUGAACUUGUUGGAGUUCAGACCAAAAUUCCAGUCAAGUUCUGUUUCUUUAUCGAUGGUCUGGACGAAUAUAGCGGACCUGAAGAAGAACUAGUAGAAGUGUUGAAGUUUCUGUCCAUAUCGAGGAACAUCAAGAUCUGUGCCUCCACGCGGCCCAGGACUAUAUUCGACAAAUUCUUCCAGAAUCAAUCACGAAACUUCGAUAUUGCCAUCUUCACCAAGGCAGACAUGACUCGACAUGCUCAAAGCAUGCUCUACGAUACGGACCGAUUCCAAGAUAUGGAACGUUCAGACCCAGAAUGCGGCAAGAUAAUAAGCACAAUUGCCGACCUCGCCCAGGGAGUGUGGCUAUGGGUCUUUCUAGUCACAAACGAAUUGAAGAUGGCCAUCAACGGGUAUGAGGAGACACAGAAACUUGUUGAGAUAGUACAUCGAUUUCCUUCCAACUUGGACGCGUACUUCAAACGAAUGCUUCAGCGCGUUCGGCCGCCUUACAUACAAGAGAUGUCUCAUAUCUUCCUGAUAACCACCCAUCAGCGUGAUCCGUUACCUCUGUACGCAUUCUUCCUUCUAGAAAAAGAGUCAUUGGAUCCUAAUUACGCCCUAAAUGCCCCUAUUGAGCCUAUCAACGAAGGUGAAAUACAAGCCAAGUAUCAGGCCUGGUCCACUCGCAUACAGAACAGGUGCAGCGAUCUUCUGGUUGUUGACAGCAAGCCUCAUCCAUUGUUCUUGAGUCACUCAGUGAACUUCCUGCAUCGAACGGUCCUAGAGUUCCUACAAGACCACUAUGAGGAGCUGAAAGCAAAUUCGAAGCAUGAUUUCAGUCCAGCACUGUCACUCUGCAAGAUCUCGUUGGCAAUGCUGAAGUCUUUUCACAGAGUUUCCCAUGGCGAUACAAAUUCCAUGAAUCAUGCCAUGUCACUGACAUUGAGGCUUCUAAAUUAUGCACAGGAGGCUGCGAAGAAUACAAGCAGUACUGCCAUCAGAAUCCUGGUGGCAGUGCUAGACGAGGCCGACCGGGUCAAUACAUAUCAUGCACGUCAUUUUGAAUUUCACUGGACAAGUUAUUAUCGAUUGAGUUCGACCAAUGAUACCUGGCCUAAAGAUGGGAACUACAAUUUCCUUGCUCUCGCAGUUGAGUCGCACUUGGUCUUUUACGUGCGAUCUAAGUUAGAAGAGGAUCCAAGUAAUAUGAACAAGUGCAGGAGACCUCUACUGCACUAUGCGGUUCAUCCUUUCCCACCUAGUAGAGGUUUCAUAGGAGAUGAAAUCAAGUUCCUUGAUGUUGAAAUGGUCCAGGUAUUGCUUGAGCACGGAGCAGAUCCGAAUCAGACUAUGGACUUCAUUGAGGAUAGACCUACAGCUUGGGUGUUGUUCCUGUGUUGGCUGAUGUAUGUCGAUGAACCUGGAAAUGUUAAACCCUUUGACGAUACAUGGUAUCACGCCUGCAUAUUGUUUGUCCAGCCUGGCGCGCGUAGGCCCUGUGUUUUAUAUCACGAUUAUCCCGAUAUCACUGUUCAGUCCAUUCUGACAGAAGUGUUUGGGUCUAGCAAGGCAGAAUAUUUGCAAAGUCUUAUGGAUGUCCAAGAGAGAAAACGAGAGCCCUCACAGAAGCACUGCAUCGUGCUGUAA